UAUCGAAUCCGCCCAUUGACCAAUGAUACAUUUAUAACUGUAGCCAAACAAACAUAGGUGUUCCUGUCCUGACUGUAAAUGCCAGAUCGCCUCACUGUUGGUCUGGCACCUUCUCCCUGAAUCUCGAGACACUGGCAGUGGCAACUUUUUCUCAAUCCCAACAUUGACCGUGCUAUUUCGAGAAACUUCCAGCCCCCUUUCUCACACGUCACCGUGCGGAAUCUUUAAAGGAUCCGUUGACUGUAUAAAAUGGCACAGUAUAAAGGAUCAAGGAGUUUGAGCAGCAUGAAGACACAGUCACCAAUGGUAGAUAUGGCCAAUAACAACGACCCUCUACCCCCAGGAUGGGAAAUUAAAAUUGACCCACAGACAGGAUGGCCUUUUUUUGUGGAUCACAUUAAUCGCACAACAAGCUGGAAUGACCCCAGACACGAUGUCAAAAAGGUCAGCCAGUUGUCUCAAAAUGGCCCAAGUGUGCCCCCAGAGCUGAGUCCUCAGGAGAUGCAGAAGUCCUUUGUGAAGGACAUGAAGCACCCCACCCUCCGCCAGGGUUACAUACCAAUUCCAGUCUGCCAUGAAGGCGUAGACCUCCGUCAGCAACACCCAUGUUUCUCCUACAUCCAGCCGACUGCUCUGCAAAAUGUACGGGCAGACAGGCAGACACCCUCCCCCACCCCGACGCUCCACUGCAGGCCUAGAUCUCCUUUGCAGGGUCCCUCCGAGAGCACUACUCCUGAGCCCUGCAUGUCCUGUUCACCUAGUUUACAAGGACCUGAGGGCCAUCCCCUCCACCAGCCCCCGCGACCCAGCAGCACAGGCCUCCAGGCAGGUUAUAUCCCCAUCCCAGUGAUCCACGAGAGGGCCGGAGGUCACUCACAACAAGCCCCUGUCAACCCCGCUCUCUACACCCAGCGCUUUCCGGCUUACUCAGAGCACCAGCCCUCCUUCCACCGACUGCAGCCAGAGGACUGGAGCAGUCAUCAUGGGGCCACGCCCUCUUCCCGGGAGCGUGCCUCCCCAUCCCCAAGCGGGCUUCCCCAGCACCGCGAGACUGCCGCCAUCCAUAUCCCACCGCAUAUAAGGAGCCAGUCUCCCCUCAGAGCACAGGUCAUUACAGAGAGACCACAGGUCCAGGUCCACCACCAUGUGCCACAGAGAGAAUCACCCCACAGAAUGGAGCAGGAGCAGGAGAUCUCUCAGUAUCCUCAAACAGCGCAGAGAGAGGCUGACACACAGCAGCGUCAACAGCCACAGAUCUCACAGCAACCACAGCAGCCACCACAACAGCCACAACAGUACCAAGGACCACAACAACCACAGCAGCAACAACAUUAUCAACAACAGCCACAACAACCACAGCAGCCACAACAACCACAGCAGCCACAACAAUCACAACAACUCCCACAGCAGCCACAACAGUACCAACAGCCAAAACAAUCACAACAAUACCAACAACCUGAACAGUACCAAAAACCACAGCAGCCACAACAGUACCAACAGCCACAACAAUACCAACAACCUGAACAGUACCAAAAACCACAACAACCACAGCAGCCACAACAGUACCAACAGCCACAACAAUACCAACAACCUGAACAGUACCAACAACCACAACAACCGCAGCACUAUCAACAACCACAACAGUCCCAGCAACAACCACAACCUCCUCAACAACCCCAGCCACAGCCGCAACUGCAGCCACAACAGACAGCAAACAUCACAGUCCAGAUGUCUCCGAAACCAGAAGCCCAGGAGCCAGUGGCUGUUCCUGCUCCACAGGAGGACCUGCCCCCAAAAGCAGAAAACGAGCCCACCGCUCCGUGUCACCCAGGCUUGGCUAAAGUGCAAAAGAUAGAGGAGAGAGUUGCGAAACUGGAGCAAGAGGUGAAAUGCUUUGAUGGGAAGAAGAACGAUAAGAGGUACUUGCUGCUGGAGGAGCUGUUGACCAAAGAGCUUUUGGCAUUGGACUCCGUGGACCCAGAGGGGCGUGUGGACGUGCGACAGGCGCGACGCGACGGAGUCCGGAGGGUCCAGAACACACUGGAUGCACUGGAGAUGCUGGAUGAGCGGCCAUCGGGGUCAGUCAAUGAGUCCUCGAUGGAGGGCGACAGCCUGCCACAGAAAGCAGAGCAGCCCAGCAUGAUCAGCCAAGCGAAUGUGGAGAUGGCCAGAGAGAUCUCAUAAUGACUGUAUAGCUUGAUUAGAGUGAAGAGGAGCGAAAUGUAGUCAAAGAUAACGUGGAAAUAGGCUGCUCUAAAUGGUCCCUAUACCACCCUUUCUACUGCAGAUAUCACAUAUGAACUAUACGAUGCAUGUAUUACUUAAUGUACAGUGUUGGUAUUGUCUGGCAUUCGCCACAUACUGUAUGUGAUGGUGGUAUCGGAGUGCAACAUGUAUUCAAUGAUGUUAAGCCAUUGUUGUCGUCUUUUGCUGUGCCGAUGUCUUUUUGCAAGACCAUUUUCAUGAUCAACGUGUUAAAGAGACAUGCAGUAUAGAGGUUAUAUAAGAGGCCUUUAUCCAUCCAUAUAUAAGAAAAAAAUGGACGUGUAUGUAGUUGAUUUCGGAUCAUGUGAUGUGGUUGUUUUAAAGUUAUUCAAUACAUAUUCAAUAAGAAGAACACUGGUAUGGAUAGUAGUAGACGACAUCUCUAUAAGAAAGGGCUUCUGUGGCGAUUCUAAGAGAUGUCUAAUAUUUCCUCUUAUUUUUAAUCCACUACUUUGAGAAACAAUAUUUACCUCAGAUUCUGUAAGAAGAAAUGGGACAAAUCAAUAUUAGUGAAUGUUAAUAACUCAGUCAGAGAAAAGCAUUUAUGUUUGUGCCUCAGAUGACAGAGCCACUUGAGAGCAAAAUCUUCUUUUUUUUCCUCAAUGAAAAAAUAGUUAUUUCACACACAUACCCAACAAAUUAUAUGGUUAAUUUGGGUUUCAUUAGUUUCAGCCCGUAGGUGCAUUGCCUGUUUUGCUGUCCUGGGCCCGGUUGCAUGAGAAAUCUUCAGUUAAUUUCUCCUUUAUCUUUUCCCCUUCAAGUUUCCAAAACAUUUUAAGGUGAAUUUCUUCCUUAAAUAAAGUGAAAAAGUUAAGGGUG